AUGUCAACCCUCUCCAGUUCUUCUUCGCCUUCUGCCCCGUCACAGCUCACAGCGGCCGAGCCUGACCCAGUGGAGCCUCCGUCCACGAAUGCCUGCUUCGACGAUGGGGCUUCCGACAUCGCGGUUCUUCGUCAGUACAUUGAUUUGUUCGAGAAGACAAGCAGCUUCGCUCUGGAUCCGGACUUUGAGGCCUCGGCGCCGCAACCUGGAGUCUGUCGCCUCAACCCCACAGACCGGCCAGCGUCGGGCGCGCUGCCUUCUCGAGACGCCCGGAGGUCCGUCUCCGCAGGCGAGGAGACAGGAGCCCCGGAGGGCGGAGACGGUGUCCCCUGUGGAGCCCCAGGAGACACGGAAGCCGAGCCGGGGGAUUCUGAGGUCCACCGCCUGCUCGGGUUCCGACUUCGGAGCACUCUGCAGCUUCUGUUACUCCUUAGACAAACGGAGAUUCUUGGAAUGCGCCUUCAUAGGAUUCUCCGCGAGCAAAGGGAACGGAAGGAGCGACUUGGACGACGGCGAAAGACAAGCUAUGCGGAAGCACACAGAAAAGAGGCCGCCGACGACGGAGAAGAAGAAGCGUUUGCUGUGUCGGAAGCCGUUGACGCGUGGGCUCUGACGAGUGAAAUGUCUGAGGGACAGGCGCUCCGGUGGAUCUUCGCGCGAUACCGUUCUGUCCAAGUUCUCGUUGCCCUCGAGGCCUGGCUGCAGUGGGAAGCCCGAGACCAAGCCGGAAGGCCGUUUUCGUCUUCCCCACUCUUCUCGGUGGACCGAAGAUUCUCUGGAGCUGGACUAGCGGGCUUUCGGGACUCGGCUGAACGCCACACACAGAGCAUGCGAGUGUCGGUCGAAAAGGACGCCUCGAGCGCGUCCAGCAGCAUCGGCGCUCCGCCAGCGUCGGCACCCUUCUACCACGCGGACUGGCCGUACGUCCUUCCUGGCUCUUCGUGUGCUGCCGGAGAGCCUCAGGGCAAGAGUGGCGAGGCUCCUCGCCUUUCCUCUUCUCCUUCACCUGCGGGUCCGCUGGUCUCUGCGCUGGAUCGAAGGGAGACGCGGGCGUUUUUCGCAGGCUUGUGGCGACUCCUUCGCAUGGGGCUACUCCUCGAGGCAGAGAAGCAGGCCGUGGAGCGCGGGGCCGCGUGGCUGAUUGAAGUGAUUAGAGGCGACGAACCCUGGAUGGAGCCGUACGUCUCCGACGAUGUCGAUCUCUCGCUCCAAGUUUCAGAUGUUUUCUCAGACCAAGAAAUUCGGCUUCUCUCCGACACAAGCCCAAUUCUGAAGGCUUGCUUGUGGCCGAGCGGCUAUUCCCUGCAACACGUUGCCCUGGCGGCACGCGCAGAAGGCGAGGAAUCUCGUGCCCCGCACGCGUCUCCGAAGAGAGCGGACUCGGAGAAGGCGGAGAGAGAUCUUCGCUCCACCUCUGCCUGGCAGAACGCGGGUAUCGCAGCGGCUCUCGAGAAGAAGCAGACGGGGUGGUAUGGAGAAGGCAAGAAAGGAAGGAGUCUUCUGGUUCAUGUUUGUCAGAGGAUCCUUGCGAAACAGCACGACUCCACAGAGUCUCUUUCUGUCUCCUCGUCUGCGUCGGCCCCCGUCUCCGGCGCGUCUCCGUGCGCGCCCGUUGACUUCGCGGCGGUCGCAGGGAAGGGUGCGCUGGGCAUUCUUGGCGGUCUUGGCGUCGGAGAGACGGUGGAGACGCACAGGGGGGGAUAUGGCAUGGAAAAGUUCGAGCAGGCGAUCUACGGCUACUUGUCGGGGUCUCUGGAAGCCAUGGAGCACGUAUGCACGGGGUGGGGGGACUGUCUCUUCGCCCUCGUUCGGGCUGUUAAGGCCAGCCUUAUCGAGGGCACAUUGCGAUGCAUGCGUUCCCACGAGCCUCACGGCCGGUUCGCGGGCGAGCCCCGUCGCGGCGGGUUCUUGCCGCCUUUGCCGAGGCGGAAGCACGGCGCGGGUGGUCACGCGGCGUCAGGCACGGGCGACGUGGACGGAGUUCCCAGCACCUCUUCUUCAGCUCGCACGGACGAAGACAGAGACAGCGUUUCGACGUCGCCGCGAAAGAAGAGACGAACUUUGGAGCAACACGGCUCGCCCCCCGAGUUCUCCCACUCUCUCUGUGGAGAGUCUCCUCAGCCCUCUCCUCGGUACGACCUGCCUGACGGGCACUUCUCUGUCGGCGUGGAGAAGGACCGGAGAGAAGAGGGCGAGGGGACAAAGAGAAAACGGACGAGUCUCCAUGACCCCCUGCGCAUUCUCCUCACGGACUUCCUCCACCCACAGAGCCCUGCAUGCGGCGAAGAGGCGAACACCGCCCAGCAGGUCGACGGGCUGCGAACGCGCGAAGGCGGACCUGAGACAGUCGACGAAGAAAGUGGAGAGAAGGUUUGCUGUUGUGGAAGAGCCUGGGCCCCCGAGGACGAGGGAGAAGCGCGCGAAGGCGCGCGAGCUCUGUUGGGCUACGAGGAGCUUGCGGCUGCCGGCGGAGACACGCGAGAGUGUCGAGAAGCCGAGGGAGCGAGGAACACAGACGAAGGUGGACGGAGCGAGACAGUCGACGAACCGAGUUUUUUUUCCGGAGAAGAAAGGUGUGCGAAGCAAGUCGACGAAGGCGUCCUCGCUCUUUUCUUCAACAUCAUGAAUGAUUUGCCUCUCUUUCUUCGCCGCUUCGUUCCCUCGCCCCAUAGUCGGAAGCGGAUUGAGACGGAGGGCGUCGACGAGCUACGUCUUCUUCAGUUGUUCCUCAUUUUCCACUUUCUGCAAAAGUCGUCAUCGCUCGCGGCGCCUCCCCGCGGGCUGCCUGAAGACGACGAAAAGGCGGAGCGAAGUCUGUAUGCCAAGAGCAUCAAGAAGAUCCUGCGGAAGACUUUCCGCUACGGGCCGAGGCUGGUGCUUCCGCGCAGAGAACGUGGGCAGGGCGAAGAGGCUCCCAGCGAUCUCGUCACAGUGUGCUGCUCGCCCUCUCUCCCCUUCCAAGAGUUCACCGCCUUCCUCGUCGUCCUCCAAGGCGAUCUUCAGCGACCGUUUCUCUCUUUUCCGUCGUCGCUCGCGUCUCCUGCCUCGCUUCCUGUUCCUCGUUCUCCGCUCCCUCUCUCUCCCCGGGGGCUCGGCGAGUGCCCGAGUGAAGACGCGCACGACGGAGAAGGGUUGAGUCUCAAAGACGCUGACUUUCUCGUCGGGGGAUUUGUUGCGCAACUUCUUCAGCGGCUGCCUGUCGUCGACGUCCUGUCGCAUGCAAAGACCGUCGAGUUCCUUCGCUACGUCAGCGCCGAGCGCCGGGUGAAACUCCUGAGCGACUGGCUGUGGAGGCGCUUCGCUGCACGGUUGUGGGAGUCUCGAGAAGGCAGAGAACUCCUUGAAGCCUGCGUCUGUUGGAUCGCCUCGAACUUCCCUCAGGACGUCUUGCACGUGGCUCUUCGGUGCGCAGAGCGCGGCUGGCGCUGCGCGAGGCCUUUCAUGGUGGGGCGAGGCGCGUCGGCGAAGCGCGGCGAGGGAGACGCAGCCUCAGACGGCGAAGACGAGCUGAGAGAAGCGACUGUCUCCGACGGCCACGAAGACGAAGACGACUCGCAGGAAGAACGGCUCAUCUUCGACGAGACGCACGAAGAGACGCCAGUUGAGCGUCUCCAGUUCUCCGUCUUCCUGAUUCUCUCCGUCUUCUCGCUCUACUAUCUGAACCGGAAGUUUGAGAGCCGUGUGGACCAGCCUCUUGUUCGCCUCCUCAAGAACACGGCGGCAACUUCGUCGCUCCUUCCUCGUUCUUCUGCCGCCUCGUCCACCACUCGCUGGCUGCUGCUUCUCGGGCUCUACUGCUUGGGCGUGAUUGCGCACUUGGGUCUCCUCGGUCUCUGCCUCGACUUGCGCGGACUCGUGCGACUCGCGCGCGGUCUCCUCCGCCGGGCCGACGCGGGGGAUGCCCCGGUGGAGCCCAACGCGCCCGAAGAGGCUGCGCCGCGUGGGCCUUCACGGAGUGGGCGGGACGGAGAGACACCUGUCUCUCCGAGUCAAGAGCGCACGGCGCGACGCCUGUUCAGAGACGCCGGCGAAGCAGACGAACCGAGCAGCGAGAAAAAUAGCGAAGAGAAAGCUGAGACGGAAAAGCGGAGGAAACGUGAGUCGAGACCGGUAUCGGGGCUGGGCGACUGGAUUCGCUUUGCCGUAGACCCUGGCCUCGUGUCUCCCGUUCUCGAUCUCCUUCUUCAAGAGUUGGACGCGCCCGAGGUGAGCGCUGGGGCGCGAGCGUCCACGAGGAAACGACGAGAAGACGAGGAAGACCGAAGGCCAGAUGCAGCACGAGACGCGGAGAGGCCCCCGCUGCCUGCGCGCCGCUCAGAAAGCGCGACACUCUGUCUCCCCGCGGAGACCGAAAGGGACGGGAAGGCGGCUCUGGAGAGUUCGGAAGAGCCCGAGACGGGACACGACCUCCGCAGCAGACCUAGCACCGUCAGUUUCGUCUCGUGCGAUGAACCCAGCCACUCGCCUUCGUCUCUACGCCCGCCUCUCGAUCCCAUCGAGAAACUGCGGACGGCCCUAGUCGGAGGGGCGCCCGUGCUGCGCCUGAGAGACGGCGCCCUGGUGCCGACUGCACACCUAGUGCAGUUCCACGACCUCCUGACCGCAUCCAGCCUCAGCGGGGCCGUCGCGCGCGCCCUCGCCCCGGCCGCUGUCUCCGAGACGCAAGGGCCAUGCGUCCGUCAACCUUCGACCGUCGGUGACGGCGAAGCGUCUUCGAUUCUCAGUGCAGCCGCAGCUCUCUUUCGGACGUCGGCUCUGUUCGCGCAAAGCGAGACUCGAUCGCCUGGCGCUUCGUGUGGGGCUGUCUCGCAGUCUCAGGUGCGGAGCGCCAACUCGUGCUCGGCGCCUGCGUCGGCGCGCGCGGCGUCGGAGGAAGGCCGGGAGUUCUUUCCGCUCUUUGCGGACAGACGCCGCGAAGAAGAGGCGGCGGCGCUCGGUGCGCUCGAGCUCGAGUCUCGGCUGCAGUUGGAACAGCUCUCGCGGCGUGUGGCUACGCUGCUGCAUCGCGCAGACGAGGCGCGCGUGCCUUCGAUCGCGGAAAAGGAUCGGCGCGUGAAGCAGCGACAGGCGAUGUUGACGCAGCUGGAGAAAGAGAGACGAAGACUGAAGACGCACGCCUCGCUCGCGUCGCUCUUCCACGUCCCGUGCUUUGUCGAAGAAGAUCUGGCCAGCGAUCCCGACGACGACGAGGGUCCAGGCGACGUCGCGCGGAGGCCUGGCGGGGCAGAAUCCGGAUUGGAGGCUGGGCAGCGGGUGCGCGAAGGACGGGGACGAGCGGCGCUCCUGGUUCUUCUGCGUGCAGAGCUGCUCGGGCUGGCCCAGCAGCUAGUCGUUCUCUGGAGUCGAGUGGCGCACCGCGAGAGAGAAACAAAAGCGGAGCGGGGCGCUCGCGAAGGACGCGAACCCCGCCGCGCCGCAGACCGGACAAAGGGAAACGCGGGCGACGAAGAGCGCAGGGAUUGCCGAAGCGCCGCGGGCGUGAUUGUCUUCGCCUCUGAGGUGCUCGCAACGACCGCCAGUCGGUUUCAGAAAGCGGAAACUGUGCUCCAGCAGGCUCUCGCUCUGGGCGACUUUCCCUCUUAG